ACUUAUAAACUUAUAAAAUCUAUAUUUACUUCUUCAUAAUGAAGUGUAGGAUCUUAUCUAUGUUUCGUUUUCCUUAAAGCUGAUCUUGAAUUAAUGAAUAAAAUCAUGAAAGGCCUGUUGCUUCCCCCUUGCAUUGUAGUCACCACUCUGAUUUCCUGAAGAGAAGCAUAUCUUGGCUACUAACUGAUCUGUAGGGAAAGAGUUAGAGGGAAACCAAACGGUUGAUACCAAGUUCAUAUUCUCUUGACUUUAGUCAAUGAGAUUAGGUUCCAAAACACUUCAGAGAUCUUUUUCAUAUUAGUGCUCCAUCAUCACUUUAGGGUAUUGUGAAAUUUGGAGGCUUUGCCUCAACAUUUUAUAUGAAAUGCUUUACUUCUGCUAGAGUAACACUUUCCAGAAUUUGUACCUGAGUUUUGUUUUAACAUGAGAGAAGUUGUAUGAAAAGUCAUCAUAUUUAAGCACCAAGGAACCAAAAUCAAUGACACCCUCCAUAUUUAUGAUGAAUUCCAUAUAAAUGAAAUAUUUUUGUUUGACAGACAUAUUUUAGUUUUUCUUCCUUUACAAAAUGGUGAAAUUCUUAACUGGAAGAUUUUUUUCUAGCAUAGCAUAUUUGAACUAUUAUUUUAGGACAGACUUUGAAGCAGAAAAUAUUUCUAAAACUACAGCAUAGUGAAAGUAGUUGUGCUUGGUUAAUAAUAUCAUAUAUUAACAAAAUAGGUAUUUGUAAAUGAUCUAUGAAAAUAUCCAAAAGUCGAAACAUAAGAUUUAGAAUGACCCAGGAAGCAGCUAUACGAAAAAGAACCUGCGGGUUUUUCUUGUACUUACAUAAUCAGUCACAUGAUGUCGCUGUACGCUCAAAAGGUGAAAAGGGAAAAUUUCAUCUCGGCACCCGGAUUCCAACCAUUCACGGAAUAGGAUAGACUCCAUGUUGACCGGUAAUGCUGGGUAAAAUUUACUAGAUAUAUACUUAUAGAAAAGGGAGACGGCCCACAAGAAACCUCACGCGAGCGCUCCCUUAAAACGGACAAUCCUAACUCAAAGGCCCUCAUUAUCUGCAACGAUGUUUAUAUGGCGAGGAGGCCAGAGAUCCCGGCGCCUGCUGCUCUCGCUCCUGCUCCUCGCGUUCUGGGAGGCGGGGAGCGGCCAGCUCCACUACUCGGUCCCCGAGGAGGCCAAGCACGGCACCUUCGUGGGCCGCGUCGCGCAGGACCUGGGGCUGGAGCUGGCGGAGCUGGUGCCGCGCCUGUUCCGGGUGGCGUCCAAGGACCGCGGGGACCUUCUGGAGGUGAAUCUGCAGAAUGGCAUUUUGUUUGUGAAUUCUCGGAUCGACCGGGAGGAGCUGUGCGGGCGGAGCGCGGAGUGCAGCAUCCACCUGGAGGUGAUCGUGGACAGGCCGCUGCAGGUGUUCCACGUGGAGGUGGAGGUGAGGGACAUUAACGACAACUCGCCGGAGUUCAGAGCAAGAGAACAAAAGGUACUUAUUUCUGAAUCCGCGCCUUUGGACUCCCGUUUUCCUCUAGAGGGCGCUUCUGAUGCGGAUAUAGGCGUAAACUCUCUGCUCACCUAUGUGUUAAGUGUAAACGAGCAUUUUGUGCUUAGAAUAAUAAAGAAAAAAGAUAAAAGUAUAUUGCCUGAAUUAGUUCUUCGGAAGUUAUUGGAUAGAGAGGAAACUCCAGAAGUUAAUUUAUUGCUGAUGGUCAUCGAUGGCGGUAAACCAGAGCUAACAGGGUCUGUUCAGAUUCAAAUAAUCAUUCUGGAUGUGAAUGACAACGCUCCGGAGUUCGAUAAGCCUGGCUAUAAAGUAGCUUUGUUUGAAAAUGUCCAAAACGACACAACAGUGAUUCAACUAAACGCUUCCGAUCCCGACGAAGGACUGAAUAGAGAAAUUUCCUAUGGAAUCAGAAUGAUUUCACCAGUGAGUGAGAAAUGUAUGUUUUCAAUAAAUCCAGACACUGGUGAAAUUAGAAUUUAUGGGAAACUGGAUUUUGAAGAGAAUAAUGCCUAUGAAAUUCAGGUUAUUGCCAUUGAUAAGGGAAUUCCAUCCAUGGCAGGUCACAGCAUGGUCCUGGUGGAAGUUCUGGACCUGAAUGACAAUGUCCCUGAGGUAGUGAUUACUUCGCUGUCCCUACCAGUGCAAGAGGAUGCGCAGGUGGGCACUGUCAUCGCCCUGAUCAGCGUGUCUGACCGUGACUCUGGAGCCAACGGACAGGUGACCUGCACCCUGACUCCCCACGUUCCCUUCAAGCUGGUGUCCACCUUCAAGAAUUACUAUUCACUGGUGCUGGACAAUGCCCUGGACCGCGAGAGCAAAUCUGACUACCAGUUGGUGGUGACUGCGUGCGACAGAGGCUCUCCUUCUUUAUCCACUACUGCCAGCGUGUCCGUGGAGGUGGCCGACGUGAACGACAACGCGCCGGCCUUCGCGCAGCCCGAGUACACGGUGUUCGUGAAGGAGAACAACCCGCCGGGCUGCCACAUCUUCACGGUGUCGGCGCGGGACGCGGACGCGCAGGAGAACGCGCGGGUGUCGUACUCGCUGGUGGAGCGGCGGGUGGGCGAGCGCGCGCUGUCGAGCUACGUGUCGGUGCACGCGGAGAGCGGCAAGGUGUACGCGCUGCAGCCGCUGGACCACGAGGAGCUGGAGCUGCUGCGGUUCCAGGUGAGCGCGCGCGACGCGGGCGUGCCGCCUCUGGGCAGCAACGUGACGCUGCAGGUGUUCGUGCUGGAUGAGAACGACAACGCGCCAGCGCUGCUGGCGCCUCGGGCUGGCAGCACGUUUGGCGCUGUGACCGAGGUGGUGUCGGCGGAUGGUGGGCGCGGCCACGUGGUGGCGAAGGUGCGCGCGGUGGGGGACUCUGGCUACAACGCGUGGCUGUCGUAUGAGCUGGAGCCAGCGGCGGGAAGCGCGCGCAGCCCGUUCCGCGUGGGGCUGUACACCGGCGAGAUCAGCACGACGCGCGCCCUGGACGAGGCGGACGCGCCGCGCCAGCGCCUGCUGGUGCUGGUGAGGGACCACGGGGAGCCCGCGCUGACCGCCACGGCCACCGUGCUGGUGUCGCUGGUGGAGGCGCAGCAGGCCCAAAGCCUUCGCGGCGUGGCGGGCGCUGUGGGCCCGGAGGCGGCGCUGGUGGAUGUCAACGUGUACCUGAUCAUCGCCAUCUGCGCGGUGUCCAGCCUGCUGGUGCUCACGCUGCUGCUGUACACGGCGCUGCGGUGCUCGGCGCCGCCCAGCGAGGGCGCGUGGGGCCGGCAAGCCAGGCUGGUGGUCUCCAGCGCGGUGGGGAGCUGGUCACACUCGCAGCAGAGGCGGCAGAGGUGUGCUCUGGGGAGGGUCCGCCCAAGGCCGACCUCAUGGCCUUCAGCCCCAGCCUGCCACCCUCUCGAGAAGAUUGUUUAAAUCCUUCUAGCGAACCACGACAGCCCAACCCUGACUGGCGUUACUCUGCCUCCCUGAGAGCAGGCAUGCACAGCUCUGUGCACCUGGAGGAGGC